AUGCCCGCCGAGCACGCGCUGCUCCUGCUGCUCCUGGCCCUGCCGCUGGGCUCCAGGGGCUGGGACGCGGCCCCCACGGCCACCCCGCUGCCACCGCCGCCGCUGCGCUGGCCCCUGCGCGGGCGCUGGCCCCCCGCGCCCGGCAAAGCAGGGGAGUGCCCGGCGGGGAGCAGGGGGCUCCCGCGGCCCUCCCGCAUCUACUGCCUCUCCGACCAGAGCUGCCCUGGUGCCGAGAAGUGCUGCGACUCCAGCCAGAGCAGGAGCUGCCUCCUCCCCGCCGCAGUGAGCCCGGGCUACUGCCCCAUGCUGGGUGGCACCGGCGCCGAGUCCUGCGGGUCAGGCUGCCACAACGACAGUGCCUGCAGCCCUGGGCACAAGUGCUGCAGCCUCGGCUGCUGCGCCCGCUGCGUGGCCGCCCAGCCAGCCAAGCCUGGGCUGUGCCCGCGGCUGCGAGCCCUGCGGAGCGGCGCCGCCUGCCCCAACCGCUGCGCCGACGACCGCGGCUGCCCUGGUGCGCUCAAGUGCUGCUUCACGGGCUGCGGGCUGGCGUGCGCCGCCCCCCAGGCAGGUACCGCGUGGUGCUGGUGCGGGGAACGGGCGCUGGCGGCCCCGGGCACCGGCCGCCGGCCCUGACGUGGCCGCGUUGCAGCCAAGGUGGGCACUUGCCCCGCGGUGCUGCGCGGCUCGCUGGGACCCUGCGCGGAGCUGUGCCGCACCGACGGCGACUGCGCCGGGCCCGCCAAGUGCUGCAGCACCGGCUGCGGCCGCACCUGCAAGMUGCCUGUGGAGGGUAACGCAGCGCGCGGAACCCGCCGUCCCUCUCUCUGCAUGUGCCCAGCGCGGCCCGGGCGCUGCCCCGUGGGCGCCGGCGCCGCCGGGUGCCGCACGUUCUGCCUGCAGGACCGGGAGUGCCCCCCGAUGCACAAGUGCUGCCUGCUGCCCUGCGGCCGGGCCUGCGCCCCCGCGCUGCGCGGGGCGCGAUAA